AUGUUCCUUCAAUUACUAUCGUACGCUGGAGCAAUAGUUGGAUUUUUAUUUCUAGUGCUAUCAAUAGCAUCAGGUCUAUAUUAUAUAUCAGAAUUAGUUGAAGAACAUACAGAACCAACAAAAAGAUUUUUAACAAAAUUAAUAUAUUCAAUAAUUAUUAUAUAUAUAUUAUUAAUGAUAUUUGAUUCAUUUCCAAUAAAAUUAUCAAUAUUUGCUAUUUUUACUUAUUAUAUUUAUUUACAAAAUUUAAAAAAAUUUCCAUAUGUUGAAUUAACAAGUCCCAUAUUUUUAAGUAGUGUUAUUUUAGUUAUAAUAAAUCAUUUUUUAUGGUUUAAUUAUUUUCAUAAUCCAAAAAUUCCAUCAUUAGAAGAAAGAUUAAAAACUGAUUAUAAACCACCAAAAAUUCCAAAUUUUAUUGAAAUUUGUUCAUUUUUUGGUUUAUUAAUUUGGUUUGUUCCAUUUGCUUUAUUUGUAAGUUUAAGUGCUCAUGAUAAUUUAUUACCUCAUCAUAAUCAAUUAAAAUCAUCAGAUGAUGGUAAAAAGAAAAAUAAUGGAUUAGCUAAAGUUGUUGUUGGAAAUAUACGAGAGUAUAUAUAUGCUAUUAGUAGAAAAUUAGGUUAUGAAUUAGAUCCUCAUCAUGGAUCAAUUGUGUAUUGA